CUCUCUUUCUUCGGGACUCCAUUCUUGGCUCAUUCAUUACAUGGAGAACAUAACGAGUAACCGUUCGGAGGAGAUACCGGUGGUCUACAAACAGGAAUUAGGAUGGUCUAUACCACGGCUCUGCUCUUUGGACAAGGGGUGCCUGUUUUGGGAGAGGAAGAAAGCCUCAUCGACAUGAUAGGAAAGUACUUUUUCAGGCUUGCAUCGCCGCGUCAAGAGUGGAGCUUGGUGCGACGGGGAAGCGUCGAAAGUUGCGACGACACCGACAUUUCACCCCAUCCUAACAUGGAUGCUGGUUUGGAGCAAGAGAAGCUCCUUCAACAAGAUGUGACUCGCCACAUUGAGCGCUGCCUGACAGAGGCCAAGGCCUCCAUCCUUCACUGCGAAGCGUUGCUGCUUCCCCGACAGAUGACCGCCAGGGUUGGCCGGGAUGUGCUGCGCUCGUCCGCGGAUGAGCCGUGUGGGCUGCGGGGUGCCUCCAUCAGGGUCUAUGUGGAGACCAAAGACGGCCUCAAGUCUUUAGGGAGUAUUUGCCCUGACCCCAAUGUCACCCCGACAUUUGAACUGUCUUUAGUGCUCAAGGCAGACCGGGAUCACGGUUGGCCGCCACUCAAGCACAUCUUUGAUAGCAAUAAAGUGCUGAAGCUGAGACCAGAGUACAAGCUGGUGAAGAGGAAGCUCUACUCUUCUGCCAGCCCUGUCAUCCACGAGUUUAACUAGAGCCUCUUGCACUUUUUCACUGGUACUUCGCGUUUCUUUUUUGUGCUUAGUUUCCUGUGUUCUAUGCCUGUAGCUAACUUGACUACUAUUUUGCACAAAUGUCUUGAAAGUGUACACUGAAAGCAUCCCCUCUGGAAGGGGCAGGUCUAAUUCCUUAAACUGAUGUUCAAUAAAAGCUGUUUUUACAUAA